GCCUGGGGCAGACAAAGGACAGGUGAGUGUGAAUACACAUUUUAACAAAGUCAGCUAACUAAUGCACUAGCAAUCUUAUCUAAUGAUAUUUUACACAUAUACACAUUUGAGCUACUAACACACAAUUGUGAUCAUACAAUUUGCACAAACACUGUUUUCAAAAGUCUAACCGGCUUCUCUCUUUCCAGGUGGAGCUGAUCGGCCACAAGAGCACCUGCCAGAAGUUAACAGUGACAAACAUAAUAAAUAUGGAAUGUAACCUCAAUAAAUUACCCAAACCUAAUUUAUAUCAAAUGUGCAAAUGCAGUGUGCAAAAUGUUCUGCGCGAGUCUCGCCAAUAAAAGUGCAAGGACUGCGAACAAAGUGCAAAUUGUCUUUCUUAAUGUGCAAAGUUAAGCUAUUUGUUAAAGGGGAAAUUAAUACAAACCCAAAUUUGCAAAAUGUGCAGUGAAGCCCUCGGUUACCAGUAAGGAAGUGGCCCCUUCGUUAGGAGGGAGGGGGGUCGUCAGGUUAAACACCAGUGUGACGUGUCAUCAUCUCGUCGUUAUGUAUAGUAUGUGAGCCCUUUUCCCUCGUACUACUCGUAUAGGGUCAUUGUCAUCUAAUACGGGCCCCUCUCUCACUCGUCCAUUGUUUCGCUGCCGCUAACGCUGUUACGUAACAUCGCGUGCGCGUCCCCUCAUGAGCGGACAGCGCCGCCGUGUGGCCAAGACGCAGCAGUGCCGCGGGAGCAGGGCUGGGCGGCAGCAGCAGCAGCAGCAGCAGGAGCACCGGCACCGGCCACAUCCUCAGACAUAUCGGAUGCUGAUCGACCGUGGUCCAGGCCUCGGAUUUGGUGACCAGGCGACUCUGCCGAGUAAUUCAAUUUGGGAGGUUAGCAGGGAUGUCUGGAAUUCUGUGAGCUCAGGAUGCUUUAAGGGUCAAAGGUGAGAUCUUGAGGCAGAGAUGAGUCUGACUUCCUGGUUCCUGGUGAGCGGCGGGGGGACGCGUCAUCGUCUCCCCAGGGAGAUGAUCUUUGUGGGGAGGGACGACUGCGAGCUCAUGCUGCAGUCCCGCAGUGUGGACAAACAACACGCUGUCAUCAACUACGAGCCCAACACAGACGAGCACAAAGUGAAGGACCUGGGCAGCUUGAACGGGACAUUCGUCAAUGACGUCAGAAUACUGGAGCAAAUCUACGUCACGCUGAAACUCGAUGACAAACUGAGGUUUGGAUACGAUACCAACCUGUUCACCGUGGUUCGAGGGGAGCUGCAUAUUCCCGAGGAGGCCCUCAAGCAUGAGAAAUACAGCAGCCAGCUUCAGCUGAACAAGAUGAAGCCUCCAGGAGGGGAAACGUCUAAAUCAGAGGUGAAACCCUCAGAGGCAGCAGCAGCAGUGUGCGAAGCGACCACCGCUAAGCCCACAGAGGCCAGCAAGGCAGAGGACAAGACAGCAGGCGAUGUUGCAGUUUUGCACAGGGGCACCCCCCUUUAUGGCCAGCCCGCCUGGUGGGGAGAUGGAGACAACGAUGGACCAGGAAGGCCGGAGGAAAAGAGCUCAGACCACACCAAGAAAAGUGCAGAGUUCCCACAGUCUGCCCCUCAAAUAGCCUCCAGUCAGGAGCCAAGCUACUUUGAGAUCCCGACCAAGAGUGCUCCCCCGGCAGGUAAACUGAGUGAUGAGGCCCCCUCACGAGAGCAAGACGCCGGCUCCUCUGCCGCUGCAGAGCCCGUUCAUGGCCACGCUUCCUUCACGAUCGAGUUUGACCCGGGGGCGUCGGGCAAGGUCACUGUCAAAGAUCGAGGGGCAAAGGUAGGACCGGAGACCAGGCCACGUCCUAAGCGGCCGGUCGGGGAGGAGCUGAGUCCACUGCAGACGGCCAUGGUGGCAGCGGAGGUCAAGGUCGCCGAUUGGCUGGCCCAGAACGAGCUGCCGCUGGCGCUCAAAGAGGCGGUUGCAGAGGAAGACGGGGAAAGUGUGAAGAGCGACGUUCCUGUACAUCUGAGGAGUCUUAAAGGCAGUAAACACGAGGACGGCACCCAGAGUGAUUCGGAGAAUGCGCUUGGAGAGCAGCGCAGGGCUGCGGCCCUUGACGAACGCUCCUGGGUCCUCUGGGGCGGCGCAGGGAUGAAGAUCAGAGAGGGUCGCGCUAACGUCCCAGAGGGGCUCUUUGCGGAGGAAGACAGUCCGGCGCGCCGGCGCAAGUCUUCGACUUCCAAAGUGACGGGCGGUUUCGUGGAGAGGCGACGCGGCUCGGCUCCACAGGAACAGAGCGGACGCAAUGAGUGCCAGCACCAUGGCGAUGAUUAUAGCGACAGAGGGACCUAUACCAUUGAGCUGGAGAACGGAGAUCAUGAAGAGGAGGAGGCCAGGAAAAUGAUCGAUAAGGUGUUUGGUGUGGAUGAGCAGGAGGCUGUGUGUGUGUCGAGGUUGGGGGGUGCUGACCAAAGAGAGAGGCUCACCUCCCAGAGGUCUGGAACAGGACACAGAGGAAAGCCUGGACGCAUGGAGCCCGAGGCCCUAUCUGAGGAAUUGGUGGUGGGUGGUCCUCGCUGGGUCUCGCAGUGGGCUACUCUGGCUGCCAGUCACAUCAGGACAGACCCCGAGGGGUCGGGAGGGGAGAGUCACAUCAUGGUUACGGAGGACAGAGCUGAAAUAAGUGAGUCCAGCCACUCAGCCUCCUUUGCCUCGUCAGGCUACACCGAGCGUAAGAGGAGAACCCUCCCCCAGCUGCCUGGUGAGGAGCUCGCCCUGGGAAGAAGGACUCCGGGCUCAGGCCUGCGUACAGAAAUGGGCGAGAAACAGGACACAGAGCUACAGGAGAAGGAGAACCAGCAGGAGAAGAUGGCCAGGGGGAAGCAUCGGCCUGGUCAUGGCACAGGAGGUGUGGGCAGUCGCGGCGGGAGCCCAGGUCGCUCCUCACCAGCCAAGUCCCAGGACAGUGGUGGCGGGAGAUCGGCUCAGUCAGGUGUGUUGGCUAAGCUUCCCCCUCGCCCUUUGACCAGCGGAGAGAAGAGAAUGGAGGAGGCACGGAGGAGGAAAAAGGAAGAGGAGAGGGCUCGGGAGAGUGGUGGGAAACCACUGUUGAGGCAGGAGAGUUUUACUGUUGAGAAACCAAGCUCCAAUGUGCCCAUUGAGCUCAGACCACGUAUUGAUGCGCUGACAGGCAGCAGACCUCAGAGUAGGGAGACUGGCGUUGACAGCGUCGCACUGCAGAAGGACUCGGAGGCCGUGGCAGCCUUUUUAGAGACGACUGUUUCAGACCAAGGCGAUCCACCGAGCCAGUCCAUCGAAGGCUCCAUGUCCCCCGAGUCAGACGUGGACACAACGAGCACAGUGAGCCAGGCCGAGGGAGCGAGGAAAGUUGUCCAGAGACGCAGGACCCUUGCGGGACAGCAGAAGGAGAAAACAGUCGUGUGCUCAUCUAGUAAGUGGCCUACAGGGGGCAGAGAGAGCCAGGACAGGAGGGUCAAGACCAGAACAUCUGGUCCUCCACCACCCAGCCGCCCCUGGACUUCCCUGGACCUCACUGAUGAUGAUAUAAACUCCAACUCCCUCCUUUCAGACUCACAGCCGACCUCAACGCAGGACUCGAGAAGCUCACAUACCAGGGCCCAAACGGGGAGCACAACAGUGGGGGCAAGCACCAAGUCUAGUCGGGCUAAAACCACACAGGCCCCCGCCUGCUCCGUGACGAGCAAAACCAGCGUUGCGCCCAAGCCCAGGCCCACCAGGGCGUCCCUGCUGAGACGCGCCCGGCUGGGGGAUUCAUCGGACACCGAACCUGCGGAUCUCGACCGGAUGUCGGUAGCCUCUGAGGCCUCCACCGCUAGUUCCACGUCCAGGACAGGGAUGGCAAGAAGGGGCAUGUCCAGGAUAGAAGCAUUGGCACAGCCGAGGAGGCCGAGGGUGGGCUCCCCGUCAGCCCAGAGUGACUCCGAAGCCACUGUGACGAGGAGUAGAGGUCUGGGGGCCAGGAGCGUGGCGGGAGAUUAUGCUAUGAGACAAGGACCGAGGGGGCCCAAUGCGACCUUGGUGUCUGGACCAAGAGCCAGGGCUAACAGCGCCUCCAAGCUGCCUGACAAGAGUAAAGGUUGCUCUGUCACACCUGCAUCUGGCACUCGAUGGCGACGUGUGCCCGUGGAGUACGCCUCCACCUCGGAGGACGAGUACGGCUCAAACCGCCACAUGUCCAAGCAGGGCCAGACGAAGCCAUUUCCGUCCACUCGAGUAGCCCAGCUCGGAGGUUCGGCUCCGGCGACUCCGAAUCCCACAGGUCUGACAGCCCUGAAGCAGCACUCCAGAGAGCAGGACGAGUACAUGAGAGACUGGACGGCGCACAGCGAGGAGAUAGCCAGGAUUAGCCAAGACCUUGCCAAAGACCUCGCCAUGCUCGCCAGAGAAAUUCACGAUGUGGCAGGAGAGAUCGACUCAGUCAGUCCUGCAGCCACUGACCCUGGAGCUUUGUUGGAGGAGAGUGUUUUUGUUGACAACGUGGACGUAGGUGGCGCCGCCACAGAGCAGAGCGGCAUUCUGGCAACCAACGGGCGGUCUGUGGAGCUCCGGUCCCGAAGUUCCCGUGGACAGGGCUCCCGCUCCAUCCGCAGACAGACGUGGAACAGAGACGACGCGGUGCUAGACAGUUUACUCAUCGCGUCUGUGACACAACUGUCGGCCAGGAUACGUCAGUCUGUUGACAAAACGUCCUGCAAGAUCAGGAUCCUCUUCAAGGAUAGAGAACGGAAAUGGGAAGAGAUUGAGAACAAACUCCAGGCAGAGCACGACUCCUUAGUACUCAAGAGCUCCAACAAGGAGAUUUCAACCAUUAUUCAAGACCUGAAGAGAGUGGAACGACAACUGCUAGUUAUCGACAUGAUGGUGGACCCGGACGGCAUCCUGGACGCCCUGCCCAACUUGGGCCUCACCAGUCCGCUGGCUGACCAGAGGACCGGCCCUGGGACUCAGCAGCAGGCAUUGGUGUUGCACCCCGGAGCUGAAGCCUCCUCCUGCACACUCUCGGCCCCCAGGCCUGAAGGACUGACCUCUGAACCCCGGUCCUCAACAGAGCUCUAGAUCCUACAACUGAGAAACUAUGGAAAUAAGUGAGAAAAUGCAUCAUUUAUUUAAACUUUUUCCCCCUUGGAGCAGACUGGUGUGAGGUUAUUUUUCAAGUACUGGGUUUCAGUCAAGGCUGACCGUCCUAUCCGUCAGUCAGACUGUAUCAUGUUGGGGCGGUGACAGUCCUACACUCUAUAGCAGCUCUUAGGAUGUUAGAUAUACAAUAUGAAAACUUGACAGUGUUAAAUGGUGGUCUUAUGAAGGAGCUGUGAUACAACAUAAAUCAACCCAUGUCUGUUUUUGUGGUGUUGCUCAUCCUUAUUAUCCUUAAAUUAAUUUGAAAAAGAACAGAUGUAAAGUUAUGGGUAAACUGUCCAAAUUCUUGCUAAGAUUCUUUUGCAGCGUAUUGGUUAUAAAAUCAAAGCAUCUCUGACUUUUGCCAAAGGUAAAACUCAGUCUCGCCAUUUUAUUACAAGCCGUGAAAUCUUUGCGUGUGGAUCAUAUGAAAGUCAACGCGUGUCAGUCUGCAGUCUUAACGCCAACGCAGAAACCCAAAAUAGAAAGAUGCGAUGGAUUUCAAAAAAGUAUUCAGCAGAGGUGUGUGUGUCAAAAGUGUUCUUUUAUGCCAUAGAAUCAUUUAUUUAAAAUAAUAUAUUGUUGGCCUGUUGCAAUUGCAAUCCCCAAGCUGAUCCCAGUAAUGACUUUCCAUCAGAAAAAGGCCAUAGAGCUUAUUUGCUGGGAAAAGAACUGGGUAUGUACAGUAUGUACCUGUGUAAAUGUUUAUUAUAGUUGAAUUAAUAACUCCCAUCCAUGCCUUCUUUUAUUUGGUGAUGUCAUUUGAAAGCAGUGUAUCAAAGAUAUACCCCCUGUGUUAACAGAUGCUAUGAAAUCAAAUGUAGCUCCCAGAAAAGAUCCCCCCCCCCCCAAUGUAUUUUGUCACAAGUGCCCUGGAACAAACAAUCAUAGUUGAAGAGAUGCUAUCUUGUACAGGAGAUGGACAGAGAGAGGGAGAGCAAGAUGGGAAACUUGGUUCUUUGCACAUUACAAAGCCGAUGUUAUGUUAAUACUCAUCUCUGAGGGACCCGGACAUGACAUGCUCCUAUGACGUUCCGUUUAUCAUGUCGAUGUCCCUGACCAAAAACAAAGCAGGGUUUAACGCCGGCUGUCUGUCGAUGAACGGUUGUCAAGUAGCGUUUGAACCAGCAUAGACGGGGGCUACCGCCAAGUCCUGCAGGUGCAUUUUAUCUUUACCGAUGCAGUGGAAGGGAGGGCGGUGUGACGACUGCAGGUUUUCCAAUGUCUUGCCUCAUACCAAUGUUUACACAUGAAUGUAACCUGAUCAGAACUGUUGAAAACAUUUUAGCCAAAACAACUUUAGUAAAAUAUUAUUAAUUGCAUUUUGUGCUCAGCACCUAUUGUACUUUUAUCUUUCAUUUUUAAUGAUUUAUGCACAUUUGGAUAAUUUUUGUUUGGAUGUUUUGUACGAAGUUCUUUUUUUUUCUUCCUUUUUUCUUUGUAAUGAUGUUAGGUUAUAUGAUGACCUUGCAAUACCCAUGUCUCAUUUCCAAUAAAAUGCAUGAUAACCUCGAACCAUUUGUUCCCUUUUUUUCUUUUUUACCAGUUCACCAUUUUUGUUUCAAAAAUGGUGCUGAAACUAUUCUCCAUUUUACACCCAUUUCAGAGGGACAUUUACCUGACAGUUGAAGUCACUACAAACAUCCCACAAGCAAAACAUGUCACUUUAUCAAAUAUGAAGCAGCAUCACAAAGCUCUGUGGACUGUUUCUGUUUACAUUGAAUUACUGAAAUGCAUUGUCCUUGUUGUCUACUAAAUAAAAUGUUUCCCUUCCUCAUCA